AUGGGAGAAAGAGAGGCGCCGGAACCGCGAGGGGAUGCCUUCGUCUCGCGAGAGAGCGAAGAAAGGGGAGCGAGGCGGAGAGAAGUGCAGAGUGACAAGGAGAGGGAGGCGACAAAGGCGAAGAGAGAGAAACAGUCGAGUGAGGAGGUAAAAAGGGAGAAGAGACUCACGCAGACGAACGGGGAUUUAGAAAGGGGGAAGAAGGAGAAGGCGGAUCAAGACAACGACGAUGAUCGAAGGCAAAUGUCUGUGUCUUCCAUGAACACGGCUGGAUUGCGGCAGAGAUGGAGACAGAUAAUUCGUGGUGAGAAAGCAAGACUCGCAUGGGAGGAAGAAAAAGAGAGGAAUCUCAAAGUCGACGAGGUCUGUGGAACGACCGCGAGAGAGAUGAGAGCUGAAAGAGAGAGGAGACAGGAGAGGAUCCAUCCAACCGAGAGACCUUCAGAAGCAACAGAGUGUAACGGAGACAACGUCCCCAUGAGCUGUGCUGGGACCCUUUCACCUGCGUUUCCUGGAUCUCUCUCUUCACAGAUGCCUCUCGGUCUUUCUUCCUUCCUUCACCUUCGGUCAUGUUGUCGAAUUCGCGCGCUCGCCGCUCUCAGUCGUCUUAUCCCAAAGUGGCUACUCGUCAUCCUUGAGCUCGCUCUGGCGCUGAUGCACUUUCCCAUUCGUUCUUCGACUUGGGUUUCAUCUUCUCAACCUUCCGCAUGCGCUUUAUGUCGCUCUGCCAGUGACGCGCUUCCACGUUUCCUGCAUAGUGUUCGCCUUUCGAGGAGAGCUGCUGCAUGCCUUCUCUGUCUUUUCUUCUUGCCAUGCCUGCAAGCAGCUGGCCUCUUGCACGUCGCCUCAUUCCCGACGACGCCCUCUCACCGAGCGUCGUCGCGGUUUCGAUCGCUUCGCUUUCCUUUCUUUUCUUAUCCUAUUUCGUUUUCCCUCUGUCCUUCGGCGGCGCACCGCUUCCGUCCUCUCCAGGUGUCUCCCUGGUCUCUCUGUGACAGGUCGAAAGAAGUGGAUGACCCCACGCAUCCUCGCAGACACCUCAGGACAUUUGCUUCUCUUUCAAAUCCUUUUACAACUGAUUGGCCUUCGCAGCCGCGGGCCUGCAACGCCUUUGCCUCUCCUCUUCACACAUCCACUUUCUGCUCCUUUCUUUCUCUGGGCGCUCCCCACGCACCUGCUUCUUCUUCCUUCUCCGCUUCGACACACAAGCCAGAUUCGAGUCAGGAGCUCGCCGCCCGGUCUCCGCGAGAUGCAGACCCUCCCGUUCUCUCCUUACCUGACUCCUCCAGGAGUUCUGUACUUCACUCGGCACCAGGUUCCCCUCGUCUUGCUUCUUCGUUGCGUUCCUAUUCUUCUCCGUCUUCUCCUUCUUUUGCUAACGCCCGCUUCGCUUCUCGCUCUCCAGCUUCCCGGUCUCGCUUGCAUGCAGAGAGUCGAUGCCUCCAAGCGGCUGUGGAUGCUGCGCGUCGCGGCGACUGGGCGAGGACGUUUCUUCAUUUCUCUCGAGCUCUUCAGUCUCUCUUGGCUUCUUUGAACGACGAGGAAGACCGCUGGGAGUCCUUGGGUUCUUCAAGUUCUGAAAAAGAGUUGGGUGUGAAGAAAGACAGAGAGAGGCCUGGGUGCCGAGAGGACGAAGUAGAGGGAAUGCAGGAAGGACAAGAUGAAGGAGAGGCCGAGGCGUUUGUCAAGAUCCUUCUCACGGAAGCAGCGAGAGACAGCGUGAGGCUGCCUGCGGCCCUGCUCGUGGCGCUUCGGUUGUACGUAGACUUGAGACAUCUGCAGAGAAGGCUUCUUAACUUCUGGACGAGACGACGGCACCGCCAAGAACUUCUUGGUCCUGACGAGGAAGGGAUGCAGCAGGAGAGCUGGGAAAGCGAGGGAAACGCCCGCGAGGAGACGCGGAAGUCGAUGGAGAGCGAGCGCGAAAAUGAAAGCAGACAACAUCAGAACAGAGGGAACGCGAACGCGUCACACUUAGUACGGGGCUUCAACUACACGAAGCGUCACUUUCAGGAAGUGACAGAGAAGUCCGAAAAUGCUCCUGGCAACUCCUGUCUUUCGCCUUGUUCGUCCGCGAUCGAAGAAGCACCGGCUGUUGAAGAGAAUGGCCUGUGCCCUUCUGUCUCACGUUUCUCUCGAUCUCUCGAAAAUGGCCCGAUGGUGUCUCCGCCAACUCCGCAGCCGGGGCGCUCUUCGUUGCCGCCUUCGGUCGCGCAUUUCUUACCUUCUUCCUGGUUUCCCGUGACGGCCUGCGUGACGGCCGGACUGCUCUCUGCCCUCGCGCGAGAGAGCGAAAAACAUCUGGAAAACAAAGGCAAACGUCUCUCGACAGCAGGACCAGCUGGUUCGGCGCACGCAUGGCUGCUGCCCUUGGCUCUGGCGCUCUGGAAGAACGCCAAGAAGGCGCAUGCAACGCUGCUUGCACUUCUCGAGCAGGAAGGAACAAGGCGAACGCGCGAGCUGCGAAGUGAGAGGGCGAGAAGGCGAGAGGAACCGCGACGCGAGGCUGCACGAGAAGAAGGUGGAAAGACACAGGAGGAAGAACGGACAGGAGAGAAAGGAGAGACCGGAGAUGACGCGCGAACGGACGAAGACGCGCUCAGGAGAGUGACGGAAGAGCGAGAGCCGCUACACGACAUGCAGGAGAGGGAAGGGAGACAAGAACGCUUCAAGAGUGCAGAGAAGGACAAAGUCGACGGGGGGAGAGAGAGAAAAACCGAAACAACCGAAACAGAACAGAUGUUCCCCAGAACUGUCCUCGAUGUUCCUCUUUGCAACGCCUUCAUGCACGUUCUCGCCAAAUGCCGACGUGGAAAAGCUCAUGACGGUGCGACGGCAAUUUCACCUCUCGACAUUCUUCGAGAGAUGGAGGAAGACUUGGGUCUCCGCCCAGAUUUGCAGAGUUUUCACACUGCGAUGGAUGCCUUCGCGAAAGAGGGUGACAUCCAAACCGUCUCCAGCCUUUUCCACUGUCUCGUCGCGAGAGGCUUCCAACCACACACGCGGACCUUCGCGAUCCGCCUGCAUGCAGCAGCGCAACAAGGAGACAUAGCCGGAGCUCGGGAAAUCUAUGCGGACAUGCAAGCGUGGAACGUGGAGCCGAACGCGUUCGUCCUCACGACGCUCAUAUAUCUCUGCACCAAAGCGAGGCACUUCAAAAGUGCGAUCCGCCUCUUCAAAAAAAUGACAAACGAAAACAAGGUCAAACCCACUGUCGCCUCCUGGACAGCUCUCCUCGAUGCAUGCUGCCAUGCAGCUGGAGAGAGACCCCACGGCAAUCACCUCGUCUCAAGACGCUCCCCUCGCCCACCCAUGUCGUCUUCUGAGGUACCUUCUUCUUCUCCUUCUUCUCCUUUUUCUCCUUCUCCUUUUUCUCCUUCUUCUCCUUGUUCAUCUCCCUCUCAUCCUUCUCUCUCUCCUCCUGCUUCUCCUUCUUCCUCUGCUCCAUCUCGUUCUGCUUUUUCUGCUUCGCUGUCGGCUCCCGCUGGGUUGCCGCGCCGCGGGGGAGCGGACGGGAGUUCUGCGGCGACGCGAGAAGACAGGGAAGGAGACGGCGAUGGAGGAAGGGAGAACGCGAGUCACGACGACGUCCGCAGCCGCGUCGACGGAGAAGAAGCCGGAAAGAGCGAAGAGACAAUCCCUUUGUUCGAAGAGACAGAGCCUGCGCUCGCACCCUUUCGGGAUGUUCCCUGGCUGCCUAGGACUGUGGGCGCUAUGGUGGCUUCCGGCCUUCUCCCGAACGAGCGUGCAUGCAACAUCUUUUUGUACGGACUCCUCCGGCAUCCUCGUCCUCUCGUCCACUUCGACGCGGCGCUCGAGGUGUGCCGCUUCAUGAGGGAUCUGGGGGCGUCUGUGAAUCAGCUGACGAUCACCUCCCUGAUUUCUGGACUGUACAAACGCAGGCCGAACCUCCUUGCUUGCGAGAGGCGAACGGCCAGCACUGAAAAAAAGGCCGCAAGGCGAGCACAGACUCCGGAUGAAAAAACGAAGACCCUCGCCUCCUGUCCCCACCACAGAGUGGUGCUUGCCUCCUCAGCACCCUCCGUCUCCGCAUUUCUGCGACUGGCUUCCCAAGGCGAUGUCGACCCCACUGUCAGGCACUCUCUCCAACGCUUCUUCGGUGCAUGCAGCGACCUAGAGACUUUGUACGAACGAAGUCUCUCUUUUCUUCCUUCGCGAGACCUUCUGAAGGGCGCCGCCGCUUCUCCGUCUCGAGAGCGGUCUCCGUCUUCUUCAGCUUCUGCUUCGUCCUCAGCCUCUUCGUCUGCUUCAGCGUCGCACCCUGCGUCUGCAGGCGACUCUCCUUCGUCUGCUCUGUGUGCGUCUGAGGGAAAGGAUUUGCUUCGUGCAGCGGCGCCGGUCGAAGACGCAGAAAACGAGGAAGAACGCGAAGGAAGGGGAAGGUGGACGGAAGGAGAGAGAGGAACUUGCGAAUGGAUCGAGAAGAGUGAAGACAGUGGCGAGGUCGAGUUUUCGUCUUUCAGACGCGUAGCGAAGGCCAAUGAGGUGGACGACAGAGGAGAAGAACGAAAUGAAGGGAGAAGAGGGAGACAGCAACCUACGUAUCCGGAAGACAGCUGGAAGAAGAAGAUCGCGCCCUGUCUAUCGGCAGCUACAAAGAUCCUGAGGACCCUUCACUCGCUGUCUUUCAGGCUUCUUGGGGACCUGCGAACUGUCCAGUCUGUUUCGGAAGACAUGCGGUUCGCUGCAGCUCAUCUCCCAGGAUCUGAAUCUUCUUGUGUUUCCUCGUCUCAGUCUCCUCUCUCUUCCCCAGUCUCUCUGUCGUCUCCAGUUUCUCUGUCUUCUCCAGUCUCUCUGUCUUCUCCUGUCUCUCAAGGAGCACUGCAUCGCCGUUUUUCUGGCCUGUCUCCCCUGACGACACUGGCACUCCGAACAGCUACGGACCGGGCUCGAGCGAUCUCCCGUGUGAUUUCGCUUCUGCGUGCUCUCGCGUCUUUCACUCCGAAGUCGUCGCCUUCUUCGUCCUCUCCUUCCGUUUCGUCGUCUGCCUCCCCCGUUUGUCUUGCGCAUGUGCAUGCAGCGGUGGAGGCUGUGGAGGCGUUUGCCCGCGCGCAUGCGGGAAGAGCGCUCGAGUUCUGUGAGGCGUGUGUAGACUCUGUGGGCGUUUCGUGCUCCUCGGCAAAUGCUUCUUUCUCUCGCCCAGUCCGAGCGGAAACGGAGAGCAGCAACGAACUGAGAUUCGAGAGGAGACGAUUUCACACAAGCUCUGGCCGCGAGGAGCGCAUGCGCCUGCCGAGUGUCGAGAAAGGCGUCGCCUUCCCAGGAGAAAGAGAGAGAGACGCCUCAUCGCACGGCGCGUUGUCGGGCGACGUCGGCUUAUAUUCGGGGCAGGCCAACAGGGAGGAGCGACCCGACGUUUUCUGCCUCGAGGAGGCGUCGAAGGGUAGCGGGGGGAAUGACUCUGGCGAGAAGGAAGUGGACGAGGGACAUUUGGGGUGGGAAGUCGAGGAAGAACAGGCAGGCGACGCAACGGAGGAGAGACGUUUUCGCUGGAGAGAAGAGGCACCAGGAGAUGGAGGAAUUGGAGACAAAGGCGAGAAAAGAAGGACAAGAUUCGAGGCUCAUGGAGCGUCUGUGCAGUCGCUGGAAACCGACAAAAGCUCGCAACUCAGAGCAAGGAAUGGAUGGGUCGUCGGUCGAAACUGCCAUGAAGAAGAAUCGUGGGUCGACAGACACCAAGGCGCGUCGUUCGUUCGGUCUGGGAUCGCAUCUCCUCGGUCAAUCGAAAAAGGGAGAGGAAUGCACUCUGAAUUCAAGAAAAACAUCGAGAUGCCUGUGGGCAUGCAGGCAGUGUAUCCAGCCCCGCCAGAUCAAGCGAGGGAUGCAUUGGAGGCACUUUUCAAAACGGCAGACGAAACGCUCCGGCUUCACCCUCCGACCGUGUUGACAGACGUUCCUGAUUUCGCUUCCUCCACUUCUCGCUUUGACUCGUCUUCCUCGGCUUUCGAAUCCGUUCCUUCGUCUUCGCCUCUUCCGCCCUCUGCCUCUGCGUCGUCUUCUGCCGCCUCGACUGUCUGUGCCUCUUCGCCUUCUUCUUGUCCUUCUUCCCCUUGUGCCUCUGCGUCUGCCCCUCCUUUGGGUACAGAUGAAAAGGACAAAGAAGCGAGAGAAAGGCUCUGUUCUCGAGUGGAUGGACUGUCGCCUCAGGAGGCUUCGCGGCGCAGCAAGUUGCGGGAGGCGUUCGCUCUGUUCAGAGCUCUUGUCGAGGCAGAGACGGGGGACAGUCGCCUUCGCUUUCAGAGUGGAGCAGACAGAAAGCUCGAAGAAAGGCAGAACUGGCGACAGCGAGGUUGGAGGGGAUUUGCAGGCACACCUCAACCAGAUGACCCCAAGCAUUCCAAAUCCACGCAGACUUCAGAGAGAACAAGAGAUCGGGAGGAGCGGAGAGCAGACAGAGAGAAGACAGCGACAACGGACGGCCGAAUUGUCGUCCCCGAUGUUGCUGCUUUCAAUGCCCUCCUCAACGCAUGCGCCCAAGUUGGACAUAUCGAACUCGCUCUUGCUGUCUUCACCACCAUGCAGCAGUGUCUCCUCACGCCCGACGUCUGGACGUACACAAUUCUCAUGAAGGCAUGUGGAGCAGGGGGCGAGGUGGACGCCGCAGAGCGCGUAUUUGAGGCAUUAAAGCUCAACGCUUUUACAGACAAAUCGACGAUGCAAAAGGGACCUCUCCUGCCGCCUGCGUCUUCUCGCGUCGCUUCGCUGCUUUCUGCUUCGAACAUCUCCCCUCGCUCCACACCAUGGGGACUUCGUCCUUCACCAGACGCGCCGGUGGCUUCGCCUCCUUGCUCUCCCUCCUCUACUCUUUCUUUGUCUCCCCUCGCUUCUUGUCAAUCGUCUCCUCCAGCUUCUUCACCUCUUCCUGAACCUUCCGUUCUCCCUGCGGCCUCUUCGUCGUCUCCUCAGUCCUCAUCUCUGUCUUCGUCGCCUCCUCAGUCUUCUUCUCAGCCUUCUUCUCAGUCUUCUUCUCAGUCUUCUUCUCAAUCUUCUGCACCUCAGACUUCUUUUUCUCCAUCUUCUUCCUCAUCGUCUCCUACUCAACGGUCUCCUCCCCAGUCUCCUUCUUCUUCUUCUGUGUCUUCUGCUCCACAGUCUCCGUCUUCUUCUCCUCAACCGUCACUCUGUUCCUUUUUAUCUCCUCCUGCGGCUUCCCCGUCUCUCUGCCCAGCAGUCGAAGCUUUGACGCGCACAAGAGACUUUGCCUCAGGUUCCCCAGGUCGCGGCGGCGCUCUGAGACUCUCCGAAGUCACUUACUUUCAAAUUAUGCGCGCCAACUACCGUGCAGGUCGGCUGAAACGCGUAUGGGAACUGUGGAGAGAACUGCGAGAUGCGGCAGCUCUCACUCUUCGCUCGGAGGCGCGAGAGGAAGCAAACAGCCGUUCUGCGGGUUCAUACGCGUCCGGUCUUCGAGUGACGAAGCUGACGUUGGGAUGGCUCUUGCGAGUCUGCAUUGAGAACAGACUCUCGCAGGAAGCGCGCGAGCUCUGCGAAGAGGCCAAGGUUUUCGGCGUUCGUCUGCCGAGCCGUCUGCACCAGAUAAUGCUCACACUCGGUGCUUCGUCUUCCACGAGUCCUCGCUCAAAGCGCCUGAGACCCGCUGCCUCCCUCUCCACUUCUGCGCCUUCAGAGUGACUCUCGCGGGUGCAUGGACAACGCAAGAGGCGCCUUCCCUUUUUUGAAAUAGCGGAACGCGACCGAGAUAUCUCCGGAGAAGGAGCAAACGAAAAAAGCUUAGAGCAUUUGCGGACGCGUACCCCACAUUUCGACGGACUAGGCGGAGGCAUGCAACGCGUUUUCGCUGAAGGUCGAACGCCGCUCCUGA